AUGGUUAAUGACCCAUUUGGUCUUUCGUGGCACGAGGAUUCCGUUCGCAAGAUGAUUGAAGACAGACUGUUGAACCUGAAGUCUUAUCAGAUCCUACUAGAAAAGGUCGGAGAGAUCAAAUUGGCCAUCGAAGACAUAUCAAAGUCGAUCGAUCUGCCGCUGAAUGACGAGCAUAUUCCAUCGAACAGCGUACCUUUGGCUACAGCGCUGAAAUACGUCAUGUUCGUUAUCGGAAAGUCAACGUAUACGGGAUCAAUGGUAAUCAUAGAGGACAAUAUUACCGAUAUUGAGUCGCUGGUCGAUCGAAGCAUCGAAAUGGUCCCAGAAGAGCAUCACGAACGCAGUUGCUCGCAUGAAAUAUAUCUGCAAGUUAUGCCGCAGGCACUUGGGAAAAUAGCUCGCCGUAGUGACGAGAUCCUACGGGAGAUUGAGGUUACUAUGUCCAUGAAUUUCGGCAUAGCUGACCAGGCUGCCGGGUUCCAUCAAGGGUCUAUGUGGGAAGAGAUUGUUAUCCGCUACCAUCAACUCAAAAUGGCUCAAGGCUCAGUCGUUACCGACAGACCAGCGGGUAAUGACUUCCUCCAGGCUGCUCUGGACUCUGAUAUAGUCACAAGUCGCGAUAUCUUGUUUUUGAGGAAGGACUCUUUACUUCGUUACAGCGACACUUUUGUCAUGGCUACCCUACCCGAAAUGGACGGAAGAUUAGUGGAACAAAUGACGCCCUCACUCGGUUGUCGCAAUGAAGCGUUGGUCUCACUCGGUAUUCUACUCGCGAGGAGCUCGGUUGCGGAAGAACCAUGGAGUCGAAGCGCAAUGACGACGAAAAAGGCAAUGCUCGGCGACUCACGGCUGAUGUGCGAUAGACUGACGGCGUAUCGAGUGCUGCGUCACGAGCUGGGAAGUUCAAGUUAUGCCAACGCGGUUAGAUGCUGCAUCGAGAAAGAGUUCAAUCGAGAACACCUGGACUUGACUGAUCAGGACUUCCGGCAAGAGGUGUAUGAACGAGUUGUGAGACCGAUGGAGGACGAGAAGUACGGAUAUGUUUAAUGGAUAAUCCAAUGAUACUUGGCAGAGAUACUUGUCAAGCUCAAUUCUGGGACAAACUGCUUAGGGGAAUGUGGCAUGUCUUCCAUGCUAUGAGUAUUUGGCCUUGGGGUAGGUACUUGGUGAUAAUGCUCGCAAUUAGGUAGAUUCUUCGUCAACUGAACAAGAAUAGUCGAGGAGACAACAGAGAUUA